CUGGGCCGAACUGUCGAGUUGUCCUUGUGUUUAGUGCGGGUACAAACAAAAAAAAAAGUUUCAUCUGUCAAAAAGUGUAUAGUGCAUCUUUUUACUUUGCACACAUUAAAAGUGUUUUUCAUCACAGAAAGUAAAAUCUUUACUGACAAAGGAUAAUAUAUUUCAUCAAAAUGAACAACAAAAAGACUGUAGAACAUAUUGUGAUGACACCAAAAUGCAAGACUGCAAAUUCAACAACUUUAAUGAUCGAGAGACAAGAAUUGGAUGCACCGGCGGAAAAUGGUGAUGAGAAAAAUGUCCAUAUUGCCGGAGGUGAUCACAAAGGGAUUGUCAUCAAUAAACAAGCAGCAAAUGAGAUGAAUGGAAUAGGAAAUCCCGCACAUCUCUGUCUUCAAUUUCGAGUGUUUCUCGUGAGUGCACAAACCGGAAAACACACUCAAGAAUCGAGAACUUUACAAUUUUGGUUUGUAAAAACUCUUCCUGAUCAGGAGCAGCCGCACAUUGCUCAAGAAUUUUUUCGUGAAUUGGUCAGUCCUCAGGAAUUUCCAAGAGAUUACGUUGGUUUUAUAAAAAAAAUAAUGAAACUGAUGCAGCACAAAUAUCCGACUAUUAAAAAAUUGGAAGUCGAAUUAAAGCAACUUGAAGAUCCGAUUGAUCUUCCAGCACGACCACCUCGAAGUGGUCAUAUAAUCUUCACACUUCCUCAACGUGAGAAAUCAAUGUGGGAAUCAGUAUCGUCAGACGAGGCAUCACUUCAAAUAAUUGAGCUUACUGUGGAGAAGGUCCUCGAGUUAAUCGAAUCCGCUUAUCCAAAUCCAGUCACUGUUGUUGAUUUAGCCAAAGAUCAUGGCUGGGAGACGUCCGCAGUUGAAGCAAAAUUAAUCGAGUUACAAGAAAAAGGAGUCGUAAAAGCGAUGGAACAUGGAGCUUUUACGAGAGUCGUUCACCAAGACACUCAUGUCAAAGUGGUCAAACAAAUGCCCACUAUGGCCAGUUCGAAGCAACCGACAAUCGCAAUAAUUACGGCUCAAUAUUGCGAAAAAUUGGCAGUUGAUUCGAUGAUUGAGAACAAAGAGACGUUUGUUCGUUACACGACAGUUGGUUCGACGAAUUCGCCCGAUGCCCCUGAGGGAACACCUCGAGUGACAUGCCGUUUUGGAGAAUCGAACGUUUAUACUUUGGGCAAUAUUGGAGGGCACAGAAUUGUUUGCACUAAACUUCCAACUGUUGGUCAUACCAGAGAAGCAAUGACUGCCGCCGGAAAUACAACAACUCGUUUAUUAGGAACAUUUCAAAAGGUGGACUUUGUUUUUCUCGUCGGAGUCGGCGGUGGAGUUCCUCAUUAUACGGAUUACGUGAAACACGUGAGAUUAGGUGACGUCGUAAUUUCCCAUCCGACACCACUCAAUAAGCAAUAUGUUUAUGUUUAUUGCGAGAGCGCAAAAAUGAACGAAAAUGGAAAUUAUCAUUUUGAAACCAAAGAAUAUUGUCCCUCGAAUUUAUGUCUUCAGGAGAUUGCUGCCAAUUUGAAAAAUCAGGCCGAGAACAAUCCAAACCCUCCCUGGCAAACUUACGUAGAGGAAGGAUUAAAAUCGUUGGGUAGUCAAACGGAACACGACUUUAAGGCACCUCCACCGGAAACUGAUAAAUUAUACAUGGCAAUCGGUGACAAGGGCGUGAUUGAAGUCGCACAUCCCAGUGCUCCUCAGGACUCUUCAAAUUUAAGAACGGAUGGCUGUGCUCGCAUUCAUUUAGCGCCAGUUGCCUCCGGUCGACAAAUUGCACGGGACGAUCAGCUGCGACAAAAAUUCGCAUCCCGCUUUGGAGCGCUUGCCUUCGAUGCAGAAAUGGACGCUGUUGUUGAGAGUAUUUUAGGCAAUUGUCGCGAUAGUUUUGCCGUUGUUCGCGGAAUUUCCGAUUACAAAGAUGGUUCUCGAGUCAAAGAAUGGCAACCGUACGCAUCGCUCGCUGCCGCAAGUGUUGUUAAAUCAAUUAUUUGCGCUAUGGAUCCACCCCUGAAUGCUUAAUCUAAUACACUCCCCAAAAAAAAUCUCAUUUCCAAAUUCUUUUUUCUCUACUCAGAAUGUUGACGAGAAGAAUGAAUUUUUCUUUUUAAAUUCAACAAGAAAAAUUCAUUUUUUCACAAAUAAUUCUGUAAAUCUUCAUUUACUUCGGGAAACAUAAUUUGAAAUUGAGAUUUUAAUCCGAAAAAUAGUAAAAAUCAAAUAGAAUACAAUGUAUUGUAGAGGAAAUUACUAUUAAUCGCAAAGGAAAAGAAUUUCGAGAUGAAAUGCAUGUGCCAUUUUUUUUAAAGAAUUCAACUCUUUAAAUUUGUCGAACUGGUAAUAGAAAAAAAAGAAGAAGAAAUAGAUUCAAUGAUGAGUUUUAAUUUAAAAUCUAAACUCUAAUUCGAUUCGAUGUGUUUCGUAAAAAAAGUAGGUUUUUUGUCUUGAUUUCAAAAAAGAAAAAUGGUUCGAGAAAGAAUUAAAAAUUCCCUGAAUUUUAAUUAAUAUAUUCCAAUAUACUCUGUAAGAGAAAAGUGAUAAUACGUAGAGAGUUAAAUGUUCCGAGUAGAUUACAUUUUAGUUCCUGGUUUUUUUCUGUUAAAAAAAAAACUUGGUGCAAAUAAUUCUAUUUUUUUAUUCGAUUUAUAAUUUUAGUAGAAAUCAAAAAUAUGGAGACUUAUUUGAUAUUUCUUGAAUUUCAAUUGAAAAUUAAUUUCAAUUUUAUUUUAUAAUUCUAAAAC